GGGCGCUGACGUUGCUGUGGUGACGCGGCCAUCUUGCGUGUCCGGGGCCGAGUGGCUGGCGGAGCUCGGAGGAUCUAUGCAGGUGACUAGACUACAUUUUAUCAUUUACUUACAGUAAAUUGUUAUUGAAGGAAAAAAGAUGAUGGAGGAAAGUGGGAUUGAGACAACACCCCCCAGCACCCCACCACCAAACGCUUCCAUGACUGCAAGCAACACCCCAGCCUCCACAGUUCUACCUAGCCCUUUACCUAAUCCCAUUACUACCUCCAUUUCGGCUUUACCUCCCUCAGCCUUUUCUACACCUCCUCCUCCUAGACCCCACUUGCCUCCUGCCAGGUCCUCUACACCCUUAACUGCUGUUGCUUCCCCUAUUCAUCCACCUACUGUUCAUUCUGGUGCUGCAGCUUAUGGCUUACCUCCUUCAGCACCUCCUGUGGGCUCUCCUGCUGGUCCUGUCUUUUCUGCACCUCCUGCAGGUCCACCCAUCACUGGUUUCUCCAUGACUACAAACUACGACAUCACUCGAGGUCAUGCUGGUCGAUCACCACAAACCCCACUGAUGCCAACUUUUUCUGCAUCCGUCACAGGAGUUGUGCCAAGUACCAUGACUCAGACCCCUGCUCCUGUGGGAGGUGGCUCCUCUAUUACUUUCCCUGAGGAAACUGAGGACCCCAGGAUGUCUGCACACCAUGACCAAAGUGGCGCUGGAGGAGGAUUAUGGGGCUUUUUUAAGGGCGUGGCAGGGAACCCAGUUGUGAAAUCAGUUUUGGAUAAAACAAAACAUUCUGUGGAGUCCAUGAUCACCACGCUGGAUCCAGGCAUGGCUCCCUACAUCAAAUCAGGUGGUGAUCUGGAUAUCUUGGUAACUUCCAAUAAAGAAGUUAAGGUGGCAGCUAUUCGAGAUGCUUUCCAGGAAAUGUUUGGAUUGGCCACCGUUACUGGGGAAGCUGGCCAAUCCAAUAUUGCUCCACAGCCUAUUGGGUAUGCAGCAGGAUUAAAGGGGGCCCAGGAAAGAAUAGAUAGUCUGCGGAGAUCGGGCAUGAUGCACGAAAAGCAGGUGACAGUUUCUGUUGAGAACUUCAUUGCAGAAUUGCUCCCAGACAGGUGGUUUGACAUAGGUUGCCUGAUCCUUGAAGAUCCAGCUCAUGGCAUUCGUUUAGAAAAUUUCACACAAGCAACACCAGUGCCUUCAGAAUUUGUGCAACAGGCUCAAAACCUUACACCAGCGGAUUACAACCUGAGAUGGUCUGGGCUGAUGGUGACUGUAGGAGAAGUGUUGGAGAGGAAUAUACCCCACGUCAGUCGCACUGAUUGGCACGUCAUGUUUACAGGCAUGUCUCGAAGACAGAUGAUCUAUAGUGCAGCUAAAGCUUUAGCAGGAAUGUACAAGCAGCAACUGCCAUCAAAGUCCAUUUAACCAUCAAAACAGCCACCCACUGUUCUAAGGGGACUCUUUAUAAAUCUCAGUGCACUCCCUGCACACAAACUGUUUAAACUUUGAUGUAUUUUUGUACUCAAAUCAAAAAGUGCAGUCCCUGAGGCAAAACUCUCCCAUCUGCCGGCAUAGAAACUGAUUAAUUGGAACAUUCCACAAACUGAAUGUGAUCCAAUAUAAUGGGAACUAUUUUGAAAUAUGCAGCAUUUUCUUUAUAUAUUAAAAAAACAUUUGUUAUAAUACCUUUGGUAGAUACUAUCGCAAAAUGGUACUUAAGCAAAUUGAGAUGCUAAGCAUUAGCAAUGCUUAUUGUUUAUAGUCUUGUCACUUAAUCUUAAUACACAUUUGUGUCCAAGAGUGACUUAAUGCGCAUGGAUUAACAUGCGGGUAGUUCUUUCUUGUCUCUAUCCUUGUAACAUGAGCUUAUAAGGUAACAGCAUUCAAAAUGAUGGAUAUAUGAUUUAAAGGUUGAAAAUUGUCAACCCUCUUUUGAAAAACAGCAAGUUUUCAGAUGAAUGGUCAGGAUCAGUUGUCACAAGGUUAAAUGAAAGACUUUAUUUAAAAUAAAAUGUAACUAUUAUCUUUGAAAACUCUAAUCGGACCUUCUCCAUUGCCAAGUGAAGCUAUUAGAGGGCUCAUUGGAAGGUUUUUUUUGGCCUAUUUUGUCAUUCUCUUUAAAAGAAAUAAAACUUAAAUAUCAUAAAUGACACUGGUAUUUCCUUUGUAAUCUUAAUUUAAUUUUGACAUAUUAUCAGCAUUGUUUUUAAUGAAUAUGCCUUUAUUGGGAAGAUGUUAAUUGGUUUCCACUGCAAUGUGCUGUACUGUAAUAGUUUGUAUAUAAGUAAUUGCUUCCUUGAAUCUUGCAAUUAAUCAUAAUGCAAGUAGUUUACAAAUAAACCAUGGCCAAAAUACUUCAGUGGUAUGAACUGAAGUUUUAAGCUGCUUUUACUGUAACUGCUUGCAUCAAGAUGAUCCAAAUGGCAACUAUUAAUUUAGAUGAUGUUGCCUGAUUGUUAAAUGAAGGCAAGUUGAAAAUGGUCCAGAAAAUAGUUUAGCUGAAAUUGUUUGCCAAAUAAGUGGAUCGCUGCAUUAAUUUGCUUCUUCCUAAUUCUACACUCUAAUUUCUGUGCAAAAAAAAUACUUGUAAUGGGACUCCAGUGCAAUUGUGAUCUUGAUAUUGUGCUUCCAUUUGGGGUGACAUCAGGAAGGAGCUCGCCCAGAAAGCUGGGGUGUGGGGCUGGAUGUCUGCAGUGGUGGAUGGGGAAAACAAUUAUAAAGUUCAAAGUCGUGAUGGGUUUUGUAGGCAAUAGUAUUAAAGAGUGCAGAAGUAACGGGUGGGUUCAUAUCACUAUCUAAUUAAAUGACAUAAUGGGGUUACCAGAUGUCCUCCUGUUCCCAUAUUCCAGCCUCAGAAGAGCCAAAUAGCUGCCUGUUUUCCUAUGUAAUGGGCUUGAUUUGGCUAAAUGGCCUCUUGUUUCAUUGUUGUUCUCUUCCUGUAGGAAGGGCCAUUUUGUAUGGAGCUUUAGAUGUUCUCCUUGUUUAUAAUUCCUAUUUAUGUUGUGGAGAUAAAUCAAUGAUUAUAUGCAGGUAAUGAAUUGAUAGUUGCACAUGCAGAAACAGAUAGCUGAUAGAUAUAUAUUGAUGCAAAAUCUUUAUUUUCUGUCCAAAGCUGCAUGUUUAGAUUAUUUGACACUGGAAUAUCUUGUUGCAAGGACAGUGACUUUUAUGCCCAAGUAUUGAAACAAGUUUUCCAUUUCAUUUGGAUUCAUGGUCAGCUGCUUGUGACACUGAUAAGAUUCAAGUAGAGCCCACAGAAAAGUUCUUGCACAUAUUAGUGAAAAGAGUCCCUUAUCAGAUGCAUACAAAAACAAAACUAUUAUACAGUGAAUUCAAUUCAGGGAACUUGAUUCGGUGUAGGUAUGAAACCAUUCCUCAGCAGAGAGAGACAAUGGCUUCACUGUGACCACCCAGCCUCCAUCCUUGUCCCCAUGGUCUUGUUUAUAUUGAUUCUUUGAGUGCCUCUCAAAUGAAGAUCUGAUCCAAUGUAAAAUUGUUCCCUUCCCACUUAGACAUUUAUUUCAUUGUUAUCUGGAAGUAAUUGCCAACAUUUCAUGUAUGCCACUGUGCAAAUUUUUGUUAUUUGGAUCUAUCUCAAUGUUUAUAUUUUAAUCUUAUUUUGUAAUAAAAUUACCUUUGGAAAUGUG